AUGGAGCCAGACAGUUCCACGCCCGGUCGCGCCAGCGGCAGAAGUACCCAGGGGUUCACCGGAUCCCUCCCCACGCCCUCUACCAGCAGCUCAGAACAAACCCGACAGAGAAUGCAGAGCUCUUCGGGCGAUUCUGAGCCCCAUCCCCCAAGCAAGCCCAUCCUUGUCGCCAAAUACCGCGUAGCGUCGCCUAUCCUCCGUCCUACGCCUCUCACGAGGGGGAACAGCCCUCUGUGCCCAACUGAAUUGAUGAUGUCUUUCAAGACACUUAUUACGUUGCAGUCUCUUCCGUGUCAGGUCAACCUUGGAGCCAGCAUUGGAGCUGCUCGGUACCUCCGCACAAGUGGAGGAUCCAUUACCAACCCCAGCACUGGUACCCUUGGGUGCUAUAUUGAGAUCCGACAGAGGGGGAAAACAACAUGGGAGAAGUUUGGGUUGACCAAUUACCAUGUCAUGCGUCCUUGCCUGGAUGGAAUUGUUCUUCACACAUUCGGCGCCCUCCUCCGGCCUCCACACCCAUCAAGACUACUGAAAGACAUGGCGCUUGGAACCAGUGUCUGGAAGGUUGGUGCGACGUCUGGGCCAUCCCAUGGUGUCUACAGUGAGUACAAAGUGAAGUGCACACUCAAGGAUGAUGCGCACGUCACGGCUAUCAAGGUUGAUGGACGCACCGUAACUGUGUCAAAGUACUCUGAGCAGUUCGUCAUCAUUGGCAACAACAGGCCCGGAGAAGUGGAAGGCAGGUUUUGCGGGCCUGGAGACUCGGGAGCUGUGGUUUUCAAUGCUCAAGGGGAGGCAGUUGGGUUCCUGUUUAGUGGACAGACGCCGGAUCAGACUCGCGCUGGGUAUGGACUUGUGACACCCAUUGAGGAGGUUUUCGCAGACAUCAAGGGUUGUGCCAAGGACCAAAUUGAGGACAUCCGCAUUCUCAUGGCUUAG